GCAGUCAUGACGAGCUGAUAAAAGAUCCAGAGGGGGCUUACUCCCAGUUAAUUCGCCUUCAAGAAGGAGCUAAGGAAUCUGAAGUGUCCCAGGACAUUGAUGCAGACAUGUCGGAAUCUGCUUCGGACAGAGACAAGUCCAUUUCCAGUUCUAGAAGCCAGAAACACUCUAUUCAGAGAUCCAUAAGUCGAGGUUCAUCAGGAAGCCGACGCUCCUUCUCACUCAACACCAUUGGCUUUGGCAUGCCUGGUCCCACCAAUGUCCAUGAUGAUGAUACCAAUCAGAACAUUGGAACAAAGGAAAAGCCUAAACAAGUUUCUAUGAAACGACUUGCCUACCUCAACAGGCCAGAGCUUCCUGUUUUAUUUCUCGGUACCAUUGCUGCAGCUAUACAUGGCGUGAUUUUCCCAGUGUUUGGCCUUUUACUGUCGAAAGCCAUUAACAUGUUCUAUGAACCUCCAAACGAGAUCCGAAAACAUUCCAAGUUCUGGGCAGCGUUGUAUUUGGGAUUGGGCUUGAUUACCUAUGCAGCCCUUCCACUGCAAUAUUACCUCUUUGGAAUUGCUGGUGGUAAGUUGAUUGAACGAAUUCGUUCCAGAACAUUUGAAAGAGUUGUGCACCAAGACAUUAGUUGGUUUGAUGAUCCUACAAAUUCAAGUGGUGCAAUUGGUGCAAGGUUGUCAACGGAUGCUUCCACAAUUAGGAGGCUUGUUGGUGAUUCCUUGUCCUUAAUUGUCCAAAAUAUAUCAACAGUUUUGUCAGCUUUGAUUAUAGCAUUUGCAGCCAACUGGAUGUUGUCCUUGAUAAUUGUUGCUAUAUCUCCCUUGCUAUUUGUCCAAGGGUACAUACAAGCAAAGUUUAUGAAGGGGUUCAGUGCAGAUGCAAAGAUGAUGUAUGAACAAGCUAGUCAAGUGGCCAAUGAUGCGGUUGGCAGCAUUAGAACUGUUGCUUCUUUUUGUGCCGAGAAGAAGGUGAUGGAGUUGUACCAAAAGAAAUGUGAAGGUCCCACGAAGCAAGGUGUUCGUCUUGGUUUUGUUAGUGGCACUGGUUUUGGCUUAUCAUUCUUCAUACUCUAUUGCACAAAUGCAUUUUGUUUCUAUAUUGGAGCUAUCCUCGUUGAACAUGGGAAAACAACAUUUGGAGAUGUUUUCAGGGUUUUCUUUGCAUUGACUAUUGGAGCACUUGGGGUUUCCCAAUCUAGUGGCAUGGCUCCAGACACUUCCAAAGCCAAAGAUUCAACAGCUUCAAUAUUUGCAAUUCUUGAUAGAAAGCCCAAAAUCGACUCAAGUAGUGAUGAAGGGAUCACGCUUGGACAAGUUCAUGGUGAUAUUGAGAUUGAACAUGUUAGCUUUAAGUAUCCAAUGAGACCACAUGUUCAAAUCUUCAGAGACUUAUCUCUUAGCAUUCCCUCUGGAAAGACUGUUGCUUUAGUUGGGGAGAGUGGUAGUGGGAAGUCAACAGUUAUCAGCCUCAUAGAGAGGUUCUAUGAUCCUGAUCUUGGUCAUGUAUAUUUGGAUAAAGUAGAAAUCAAGAAGUUCAAACUCAACUGGUUGAGACAACAAAUGGGUUUGGUCAGCCAAGAACCAAUACUCUUUAAUGAAACUAUCCGUGCAAAUAUAGCUUAUGGCAAGCAUGGAGAGGUUACUGAGGAAGAGAUAAUUGCAGCUACAAAAGCAUCAAAUGCACACAACUUCAUUAGUUCAUUACCGCAAGGCUAUGAAACCAGCGUAGGUGAACGAGGAAUUCAACUGUCUGGUGGGCAGAAACAGAGAAUAGCCAUUGCUAGGGCGAUCCUAAAGAAUCCAAAAAUUCUUUUACUCGAUGAGGCAACAAGUGCGCUGGAUGCAGAGUCAGAGCGCAUAGUACAAGAAGCAUUAGACAGAGUUAUGGUGAACAGAACAACCGUUGUUGUUGCUCACCGCCUUGCCACCAUUAAAGGUGCCGAUGUCGUUGCUGUAGUGAAGAAUGGUAUGAUUGCUGAGAAGGGAAAGCAUGAUGUGCUCAUGAAGAUCACUGAUGGGGCUUAUGCAUCCUUGGUCGCACUCCAUACGAGUGCAGCUUGA